CGCACCUCCCCGGAUCUGAAUUAAGAGCCGCUAAGUGACAUCAUACUGCUUGUUACUUUACUUAUUUGGAGUGUCAUUAAUGUUACGGGGCGCAGAGAUGAUCGCUAUGGCAUUUGCUUUUGUACGAGCACCUUGUGUCCGUUUGCGAAGCUUUUAUCCAAUUUCAUCUUUCGCGAAAGUUCACUUCCAGAGAGCUGAAGCAGCAGAAAAGAUUUCUCCAUCAGAAACCGAAGUCGAACCUCUGCCGUUCAAUGAAAUCCCUGGACCUCAAGGGAAAUAUGUACCAGCGAUAGAGUUUUAUCGCGUUUCUGAAGGAUUUACCAAAACUUAUAAAUUGACCGACAAGCUAUUCAACCAGUAUGGCCCAAUAUUUAAGCAGUCUGUCUCUGAUAGAAGUCCUGUUGUCCAUGUCAUGGAUCCAGUCGACAUUCAAACCGUGUUUCGUGCAGAGGGAAAAUAUCCUUACAGGCAACCAGUUGAUGCGCUCAUAGAAGUUCGGAGAAGAAAGGGAAUGUUUCUUGGGAUCGAAAAUCUAAAUGGUAAGGAAUGGCAAAGAGUUAGACAAGCAGUAGCCCCAAAACUGAUGCGUCCAAAAGUGUUGGAGGAAAACAUUGACAACUUUAACGCAGUUACAAAAGACACACUGGAACACUUUGCAAAACUUAAAGAGACUAGCGGAUUGGGGGAAGAAAUUCCUGACUUGGAGGGUGAACUGAGUAAAUGGGCAACAGAGAGUGUGGGCACAUUGGCUUUUGAUGCUAGAGUUGGGUUAUACAAUGAUCCACCAAGUGAGGAAGCCUUGAGGUUCAUUGGAUCAAUACAUGAUAUUUUUCAAAGCCUCCAUGCCUUUGUUUUUGGAAUUGUGGAGAAAAAUUUAUUUCAAUACAUGAAAACCCCAAACUUUGUCAAGCUUGAGCGUGCAUCGGAAACUGCAUUUGAAAUUACACGUGGAUAUAUUGAUAGGAAAAUGAAAGAUCUUGAAGAAAUGGCUCAUAAAGGAUCAGAUGAUUCUCGAGAAUCUGAAGCUGUUUCAUUGUUAACUUACCUGCUAUCACGUGAGGACUUGACCCCGGAAGAAAUUUAUGCCAACACUUUUACUUUGUUUGCAGGAGGUGUUGACACAACAAGUUACACCACUCUGUGGGCAUUGUACCACCUUGCAAGAAAUCAAGAAAUUCAACAAAUCCUUUACCAGGAAAUAUUUGGCAUUCUGGGGAAAGAUGGAGAUGUUACGGCUGGAAGCCUUGCAAAAUUGUCUUAUCUCAAGGCUUGUGUUAAAGAAUCUGCAAGGUUGACACCAGUCGUCCCGGCUAAUAGAAGAAUAUUGGAUAAAGAUGUAGUUUUGAGUGGAUAUUUGGUUCCUGCACAGACCAUAAUUCAGAUGGAAUUCUUUGCUACAGCAGCCUCCGAAAAAUACUUCAAGAAUGCAUUAGAAUAUAAACCUGAACGCUGGUUGAGAGAAAACAAGAAAAAUAUUGAUCCCUUUGCAUUCCUUCCAUUUGGCUUUGGUCCGCGCAUGUGUAUUGGCAGCAGAGUGGCAGAGCUGGAAACAUAUCUUCUGGUUGCUAAGGUUAUUCAACGCUUCCGGUUAGAGUAUCACCAUGAGCCACUGGAAAUGUAUCAGAAGAUGUUCGCAGUUCCAGAGAAACCGGUCAGGAUCAAGUUUAUAGAUCGACAUUAAAAGGAUGAUGUUUAAGGGAUUUUGAUCUCGACAUUCUCGCUCUAGCACCAUUUCUAUUUUCAAUAGAUAUGAUUUUUAAGAAAGACAAGUAAUGGAAUCUAAGCAAGCCGACAAAGCUUUAGAGCAUAUAUGCAUUUGCUGAAUUAAUAUUAACACUCUAGAUGAGCCGAUAUACUGCGGAGACUCUAAUUACAUCAAACGAAUGCCUUGUCGUUGAUAAAUUCACCAUUAUAUUUUAUCGAAAGAUGUUGCUGUAGCUACAGUAUAGUUUUUCAUACAACUGUUACGUUUAAUGAAAGAGUAAAUGACUCAAUUAGCCAAAUAAGUGGAAUUUUUAUCACCGCGAGUGUGCAUCAAUUCUUUUUAAUGAUUAGAAGAAAACUCAAGGCAUAUUAAACUCAUUAAUAGGUUUAUUUUGGUGGAAAUUUACUUUGCGUCUGUCCUCUGAGGGGAAUAAAAUUAGGUUAAGAUGUCGUCCAGUUUCAACGAGUGGCCAAGCACAUCCUGCAUGGUAACCAAACCAAGCUUAAAAAUAGUUUCUUUUCUUACAAAGUAACAAUGGUUUCCAAAUGGUAGACUCUAUUACACUCAGAAGUACUAAAUAUCUCAAUUAUUAUUACAUCAUUCAUAGUCUAUGGAAAAGUCAUUUAGUUAAUAGAAAAUCAUAGAGAUUGUUGCCUGGAACUGAAAGCGUCAAAAAUAUUUCAUAAAAAUGGUAAUGUCACCAAAGAUUAACUUUAAAAUGUUUAGUCACAUUAUUAAACAAUGAAUUUCACAAUA